AUGUUUAAGAAACAUACAAAUACAUACAAUUGGCUUGUAGAAGAUUUCCAAGAAUUUUAUAAUUAUAAAAAUUGUCAAUCUUAUUAUAGUGAAAAAAUUCAUUCAACGGGUCCACUUUAUUCUGAAGAUGGAAAAUUAUUAAAAGAUGACCAUGAAUAUAUUUGGCGUUUAAAAUUAUUACCUAGACUUGUUGACGGUUAUGUUUCAUUAUUUGUUUGGCCUAUUCAGAGUGACUGUGAAAAAGAAUUCAAGUUAGAAACAAGACUUAUGAAAUAUAAAUUUGAACUUUUUAGGAUCAAGAAUAGUAUUGAUAAUGAUGAUAACUACAAGAAUUAUAGUAGUGAUAGUAGUAGUAUCAAUAAUAGCUUAUCAUUUAUAGAUUUAGAAAAACUCGAUUGUUAUAAAUAUUUUUUAGAAAAAAAAUUUGUAUUUAAUUCGGAUAGACCUUGUCAAGGCAUACCUGAAUUAUGUAAAAUACAUCAAAUUUUUCCAGAUAAAGAUUUUAAGAAAAAAACAAAUUUAUUAAUUCGUGUACAGUUUGCAUUUCCUGAUCAAAUUAAUUUGAAAACCUUUAAUUAUGAUUUAGAAGAAUAUUUAAAUAAUGAGAAAUUUAGUGAUAUUAGAUUUAAGUUUAGCUGUGGUAAUGAAUUAAAAGCGAGCAGGAUAGUUUUAUCAAUAAAAUCUGAAUAUUAUAAGAAAAAAUUCGAUAGAAUAAAAGGAGAAAAAGAAUGUUGUGGGGGUGAGGAUGUAGGAGGAUGGGGUGAAUUAAAUUCAAAUGAAGUUAUUAAAAUGGAUGAUAAUGUAUCGUAUGAAUGUUUUAAAGAAAUAUUAUAUUUUUUCUACACUAAUCGACUACAAGAAAAUCUAUUGUUUGAAAUCUUACGAGAUCUUUAUUUACAAGCAAAUAUUAUAAAUUUAGAAGAAUUAAAAGAUUUGGCGACAACAAAAAUAAUUAAAAUGAUUGAUGAAAAUAACUGGAGUGAAAUAUUAAUGUUAGGAUGGAGUACGAAUAAUUUACAAUUAAAGAAUAUUGCAUUCAAAUAUAUCAAUAAGAAUUGGUCAAGCAUUCGAAAUACUAAACAAAUGAAGAAUGUAUUAAGUUGUGUUGAUUUGUAA